AGAGAUCAGCCGUUAGAUUCUCAGAAUACAAAUGUCCCCCAAGAGCUCGGACAAAACACCAGAGCCUUCGCUGCUCCAAGUGGUGCCCACAUGGACCAAGUCGAGUCCACAUCCUCCACGGAUGGACGUGCCGUACCAAGAGGCAGGGCAUGAAUCUUCAGACUCGGAAUCCCCAAUGUCAUCCCCAAUGUCAUCCCCGUUGCCUCCACGUUUAGAAAAUCCCGCGAUGCGAACAGGAGUAAGGUUCACUCGAUGGCCCUCCGCUCGGGCGCCAGAGACCAACCCGCCAAAGGAUGGCCCUGGGUCCUUCUUCAAGAAGAUGCUGUCGAAAGGCGACGCGAAACGCCAGGAAGAUGACGGUGGUGAGGAUGGCUCUGGUCCUGAGGGGAGAACGUCACAAGGGACGAAGGCCAUCCUGACUGGAGGGCCCUGGCCGACAAGCGACAGGCACAGGUAACGGGGUCGUACUACCUACCUGCCUUCUUGUCGAUCUAUAUGGGAUAACUUAAGUUAUGGAUGCUGGACAUCACAAUAGUAUAGAACUGAAG